AGACGAGCCCGAGGCUGUCUCGUUCGUUCUGCUCUCGCGCAAGAACGAGAACCAGGCAGCCCCUUCGGACAACGCCUGGUGCCAAUCACUAAGAAGCCCCGUGGGGACCGCCAUUGAUUCGUGCUCCAGCCUCGAGCAACAGGGCCAAGCAUUGACCACUGGACCCAAGAAAAGCCCGAUAGCGUCACAGCCUUCGCCACCCCUUAGUACCGCUGCUGGCAAGGCCGACCCCACUGGAACGUACACCGCGAUGUCUCAACGCCACACGAGACAUAGAAGUUCGCUGAAGGGACCAGGAGCAGGUUCAACGGGCUCUAAGUCCACCGGUGAGGCCACUAAAAAGGUCAAACACAUGACACCAGUCAAUCCGCCGCCUCAAGUCGCCAGUGUGGGACGAGACAAAUCGAGCAAGCUCCGUAAUAUUAGUCGGCUGACCAGCCAUGGUGCCCGACAGAAAUCCUUGACGGAAGGGGAGCCCAGUAGGCUAAAACAUUUUGCGAGCUUCGACAUCGGCAGGAGGAAGUCUGCUACCGACAUCGACUUCCGCAGAAGGAAGUCCAUUGCCGACAUGGACUUCAGUGUAAAGAAGACCCUGACUGAAAAUGAUACAUCCAGGCCAGCCCUCAGAAUUUCCCUGGCGCAAGACGGCACAUCCUUAAAGAAAGUGCAACCUAUGCUCAAGCCAACGGACCACGAAGGGCCGACGCGGCGGAGAGAGCAGCUAAUUGUGGCAGCCGCCGUGUUCGUGUUCGUGUUGCUGGCGUGCAUCAUCGCUUUCCUGUUCUUCUUCACUGAACCUGUGAAGAAGGUCCACUACUGCGUCACGGACGCGUGUAUCAAUCACGCCAAUAGACUUUUGGCCACGAUAAACACUAGCCACGAUCCAUGCGAUGAUUUCUACGCGUUCGUCUGCAGCGGCUGGCAGAAAGGAUCUCCCGCGCUUUCUGUCCAAGACAAACUCAAUGAAGACGCCGUGAAAGACGAGAUCAAAGAGCUUGAGGCCGACAUUUGGCGCGUUGGGAGAGCAAGCAGGUUAUACAGCAAGUGCGUGUAUCCAGAAGAAAGUGAUAUCGAUGUCAACGUUUUUUGGAUCAACAACUUCAUGGACACCCUAAACCUGGAUUGGCCCUCUAGAAAACCAAACCUUUCUAAAGCACGGCCGUUAGAAGUCAUGCUCAACAUGUCAGCAAAAUACGACCUCAACUUUCUGUUCAGGUUAGAAAUCGCUACCAAUCAAUCCACGGGGAACGUGUUGGUAUUCUGCAGGCGUUACAAUGGCGUAGCCUGGAAUGAUCGUCAUCAAAGACCACUGAGCUUGGUGGACUACGAAAGGGUUGCCAAACAACAACUCUUGGAAUUGGAUCGAGAAGAAUACGUCGAAUACGAGCCCUCACUGCUGCAGCGGCUAGAGAAGUCCUUUACUGAAGCAAACGUGUAUGAAACUCACAGCGAGCAGUCGUGGUUUGUCAUUAGUGAACUCGAUGCUAGAACAGGUAACAUAGAGCCUGGCAGGUGGUUAAAGGACCUUAACAGCGCAUACAGCAGCCUGAAGCUCUCUUGGGCUUUCAAUAACUUCGUAGUACUUGAAGACGCCGAGAUCUUGAACAGAAUCGACGCACUGUUUCGCGACUACACCGAAGUAGAGCUUUUGAUCGGCAUUGCCUGGAUGUUCAUCCAGUCCCACCUUUGGGUGGCUGCCGGAAAGCCAGGAUUCAUGUUUUAUGACAACACUGAAGAGAAGAAGCAGCGUGCGUGCUUGGAGUACGUGGAUUCUCGUUUCGGCGCUCUUUCCUCCAGUGAGCAUAUAACGCGGCUCUAUCCUACGCACGAAGCACGCCUUGGCGUCUCAAGCUUCCUACAAAGUCUCAAAGCCGAAUUCAAUCAGGUUAUGAAAAGGACCUCUUGGGUCGACCGCGAGAUUCGGGAAACGGCGAUGCGCAAAGUCAACACAAUGGAUCUGAACAUCCUGCCCGCCGAACAGUUUUUUGUACCUCUACAACGCGCAGCACUUUAUGGGCAAUUUCCUUCCAUCAACAAUACGGCAUUUAUGGAGAGCUGGUUGUCUUCUUCGGCACUGUAUCAAGCCCUACAAGUGCACCAGAGCUUCCAUGAUGUUUUCAAAAAGAAGCGCACCUUUCGUCACCAAGCAUACACGUACGCGUACCUACUGAAUGCCGUUGACGGCGCCUUAGGAGGGUUGGAACCACCGCUUUUCUACCCUAGAGGAAUUUUCGCAAUGAACUACGCCUCCGCGGGGACCCUACUUGCGAAAGAGAUCAUCAGAAGCAUUGACCCGGCAGGCACGACUGUGAAUGACCGUGGCGAGAGCAUCCAUUGGUGGGGAAAGUCCGAAUCAGCCGAGUACAAUCGCCGCCUUAACUGCGACCUCAGGAUAGCUGCAGAACAAAAAGCGGUCAGUGUUAUCCCUGCGAUACCGGCGCUCGAACUGUCUUACGCGGCCUACAAGAAGGCUAUCGAGAACGCGGCUGUCAAGGUCGGCGGCGUGGAGGACCUAAGAAUUCGGGGCCUGGAGAACUUUCUCGACGACCACAUAUUCUUUAUGAGUCACUGCUACGUGCUAUGUGGCAAGAAAGGUGAUAUUGGCAGACAACAAGAAUGCAACGUGCCUCUGAAGCACUCUAUUCACUUUGCUGAAACCUUCCGCUGCGCUGUAGGGUCGCCCAUGAAUGUUGCAUCAAAGUGCUCAUUCUUUGAGCAAGAAAAUGGGGCUAUUGCGUCCGCAUCCCAUAUAGAGCAAGUCAGGCCUGUUCCAGGUUCAUCAACCAAGGCAACCAAUAGCCCAGACAACUCGGAUUAUCAAGAUACCUCAAACAUGGGAAUUGACGGCACUUCAGAAGAUUUCGAAGAGUUUUCCAUGGCAGAAUUGUCCCAAGCCGUUUCCUGUUUACCAGUUCUAGCCCCAGGUCCCGAUGGACUCACUACCAAGAUGAUUAAAGUUCUCUUUGAAGUGGCUCCUAACGGCUUGUUAGAUGCCGGAUCGAAACAAACGGGGACGUGGAGCAACCCCGUUCAUCACCAUCGGCAUUCUGCUGCGAGACGGAGAACACUCUCUGGAAAGGAGACGCAAGUACGGAGAUUAACUAAACUCGAGCUCAGCAAAACGAGAUCCGCUUCUUCAAACGAGAUGAGUAAGCGGAAACAACUGGCCUCCAUCGACACAAGCAAAUCGAUUGGACCAAGCCCUCUGGCGCAGGACAGUGGAAGCUCAAGGAUGGCGCCAGCCGUCAUGCCCGUUCCGAGUCAAGAUGCCCCAAAAAGGAGGCUAUUCCUGGUCGUCCCUGUCACCGCCAUUUUAGUUGGGGUGUUCAUUUCAAUCAUCGCUUACAUUUUUUUCAUUUCAGCCGGAACGACAGUGGGCAUCUGCGUCUCCGACUCGUGUAAGGAACACGCCAAGCGGCUAUUGAAAACGAUAAACACCAGCGUCGAUCCCUGCAAGAACUUUUAUGCGUUUGCCUGCGGCGGUUGGAAGCGGGAGUUUCCCGCGCUAUCUGUCCUUGAGAAAAUGAACCAAGACGCCAAGAAAAAUGAGAUCAUAGAGCUGGACGACGACCUAUGGAAUCAAGGGAAAGCAGCCCAGCUUUACCACAAGUGUGCCGAGCCUCAGAAGCCGCACUCAAUCUCCGGGAUUGAUACGCUCAUUCAUUUUAUGGAUGAAGUUGGGCUCAUGUGGCCCUUUAAAGAUUCCGACGAUGCCCCAUUUCACCCGUUAGAAGUAAUGCUCAGCAUGGCGGCAAGCUUUGAUGUCAACUUUCAGUUCCGCCUACAGGUCAUGAUAAGCAAAGUGCUUGGUCAUAUUUUGAUAUUCCGCAGGCGAUACAAUGGUGUGGUUUGGAAACAUCGCCUUGAACACCUCAUGAACACAGAUGAGUACGCAUCGGUCAUCCAUGAUCAUAUGGCUGUCCUGGGCCUACCUAACUUGCAGUAUGAUGCGGUACUCUUGCACAAGCUCGAGAUAUUCUUCACUGAAGCCACCCAUUAUAAGAAGAGCAAAGGCGAGCAGUGGUGGUUAACCUUCGACGAACUCGAUACCAAGACGCCGAACAUAAGGGAUGUAGAGUGGCACCAUCUCCUGAACAGGCAAUACAGAAUCACGCUCAGACGCCGUUGGAAUCCUAAAGACUGGGUGGUAGUUGAAGACUCCCUCCUCCUGACGAAGCUCGACGAGCUCUUCCGCACGUACAAUGAAUCGGAGAUUUUCAUGGGCACUGCCUGGAUGUUCAUCCAGUCUCACCUUUGGGCGGUGGCGGGGAAACCAGAGCUCAUGUUCCGUGACAACGUCAACGAGAACAGGCAGCUUGCCUGCCUGGAGUACGUGAACUCUGUUUUCGGGCUUCUCCCCUCCACCGAAUACUUAACGCAGCUCUUCCCGACGCACGAGACUCGCCGCAAUGUCAACCGCUUCACGCAAAGCCUCAAAAACGAAUUCGUAUCGAAAGUGAAUAGAGCCGCUUGGAUCGAUCACGAAAUCGCUGGAAAGGCGGUGCGUAAGAUUAAGAGCACCGAUUUGAACAUCUUGCCAUCCGAGCAGUUCUUUGUUUCGCAUCAGCGCGCCGCUCUUUACGAGAUAUUUCCCGAUAUUAGUAAUUUUUCAUUCGUGGUUAGCUGGCUUGUUAGCGCGGAGAAGUACGGGAGGCUACAAAACGAUGCCCGCUUUUACGAUAUAUACCAAAAGAGACGCACUUUUCACCAACAACCAUAUACGUAUGCGUACCUUCCCAAUUCAGUUGACGCUGUCAUGGUGGCGCUUGAAGCGCCACUUUUCUAUAUAAAUGGAACUUUCGCGAUGAACUAUGCCGGCUCGGGGUUUCUGCUGGCCAGAGAGAUCGCCAAAACCAUUGACCCGCUAGGUACAACGGUGACCCUCUAUGGUGAAAACACUGCCUGGUGGGGCAAGACACAUUCGGCCGAGUACUACCGCCGCACGCAGUGUGAAUUAGGCCAAGAGGCCGGACUGCCACAGAUGGGCGUCUUCCCUGCGAUACCGGCGCUGGAGGUCUCCUUCUCGGCGUUCAAAACGAGCGUCCAGCAGCACUCACACCGUGCCGAUGCCGUUAACGACUUGCGACUUGAAGGCCUUGGAGAAUACGGUGACGACCAGGUGUUCUUUAUGACCUACUGCUACGCACUCUGCUCUAAAGAAGGCGAUACUAACAGCCAACAAGAGUGCAACGUCCCACUCCGGCACUUUUAUCCUUUUGCAGAGGCCUUCAAAUGUCCCGAGGGGUCGCCCAUGAACUUGAAAACAAAAUGCGGAUUUUUUAAUUGAAGUGUUUGGCACGGA